CUCACCGGCCAAACUCUAUUAGGUUUAUUAUCUUUUUAGAUUAUACGAAAAAAAAAAAAACUACAGUCUUUGAUAUUCUUAAAAUUUACUUGAAAUCGUAUAGGUAUAUAUAUACAUUAAAUGUAGAUUUUAAUGUUUGUACUUAUCAUGAUUCAUGAAUUUUGAGAGAUAAGAUAUCGUAUAAAGAUAUAUAAUUAUAUAUAAUAAUAGGUGUCAAAGGACCAGCGGUGAAAAAUUUUUAAUUUAUUUAUAUAACUAAAAGUAGGACAGUAAAGAUGUGACGAUGAGUAUUAAAGAGUAUUAAGAAUAUAAUAAGUAAAUUGUACAUACGUAUGAGUAAUAAAUAGUAAGCAUGAAUACAUAAUACAUAAAAUCUUAAGUAUAUAUUGAAAAUAAAUAGUUUUGUGUAAUAAAUGCCACGGUAUCGUCAAGGUCUCAUAUAUAUAUAUAUAUAUAUCUAUCAUUGAUACUGUAAUAAACAAAUGUCUUUAUUACUACUAGUACUAUUAGUGGCGAUGAUGAUGAUAAUGAUAUUUAAACCAUCAAUAAAACCAAGGGUAUUCCUUUCUCCUUUAAAUCGUCCAUUAUUGAGUGCGUAUAAAUAUAUAUACCAUUAAGAAGUAAUGAGCAUUACUCUCUUCAAGUCUCUAAACAUUAAUGAUUAAAAAAAUUUGUUAAACAAAUUUGGUAUUAUGGUAUAAAUGUAAUGAGAUAAUUCAAAACAUUGAAAAAGUUGAAUGUAUAAAAGUUACUCUUGUAUUAAACUUAUAAUCGAUAUUAAAAUGAUUAAAUUAAAUGAUAAAAUUGUAGUAGCAACAGUUGUAAAUAUAAUAUAUUUAUUAUUAUGUAAAUUUGACAAAGUUGUAGUUGUUGCGGAAAAAACUAAAAUAAUUAAUACGUCUGAUAGUGGGAAAUCAACAAUUGUUGAUAGUAAUAAUAAUAGCAAUAAUAUUAGUGGAAAUGGUGAUAAUAAAAAAAUCCUAGUAGUUAAAAGUAUACCUGGUUACCCAGGGUUAAGAAGUGAUGUUUAUGAAAUAUAUAUGGAACCUUAUGAUUUUCAAAUUGGUAUAAAAGCAAUCGCAGAAAUAAAAGAUUAUGAAGACAAUGGAACUCCUAAAAUUAAUGGACCUAAAGGAAAAAUAAUGCUUAAACAAUUGAAUAAUGGUAUUGAAAUAAUAGGAACAAUAAAAGGACUUGACUCUGGAUUGUAUAGAUUAUAUAUAAAUGAAAAAGGACAACUUUAUAUGGGAUGUAAAUCUAGUGGCAUGGAAUACAACCCGUAUACGGUGACGAAUAAAGAAGGGCCACAUAAUAAGGUUGAUCCACUGCAAAAUUUCGGUUACCUUGGUGAUAUAAGAGUCGAUAACGACAAGAAUAAUGAACCAACUGAAAUAAAUAUGAUGAACAAUUAUUUAACUAUAAGUGGAGUAAGAGGAGCUGUUGGACGUACCCUAGUAAUUGAGAAGAUUAUUGAUAACGAAAACCAAGAACGUAUUCCAGAAAUAAAAUAUGUAGCAUGCGGUAUAAUUGGGUACGCAUAAAUGUAUAUUGGAAAUGUUAAAGAAAAAGAAAAAAUUAUUGUUUACAGUUACUUAUCACAUAAUGCUUGCCAUAAGUUGUUAUUCAAUAAGCAUAUCGUUUAAAUUUAUUUAGAUAUUAUUAACUGGAAAAAUAUGACUUGUCAAGUGUUGGCUUGAAACUGUAAAAAUUAAAAACGAAAUCAAGACAAUCACAAUAACAUCAAUAAUAACUGUUAUAAAAAAGUAUCUAAAUGAUUAAUUAAUAAGAAAAAAAAAAUAAACAAAUAAUAAUAAACAUGUGAAUGUUUUGUGAUGAAA